CUAUUUAUUUCGGGGGGGCGCUCCUUCUGAACUCGGCGCGCCGUCAGACUGUUUCUCAAGGUGGAUCCGGUGAAACAUGGCAGGGCAUUUGAAGGUCCUUACUUCUCUCUGUAGGUCUUCGGUGGCUUUUUCCAAAAAGCCCCCCGCCAUCGCGUCUUUUGCAACCUGCCAUCAUGAGCAGCGGCGAAACUAUGCUGACAAACGUAUCAAGGUGGCCCAGCCUGUGGUGGAGAUGGAUGGGGAUGAGAUGACCAGGAUAAUAUGGGAGUUCAUCAAGGAAAAGCUCAUCCUGCCCCACGUUGCCGUCGAACUGAAAUACUUUGACCUGGGCCUUCCAUACCGUGACCAGACAGACGAUCAGGUCACCGUCGACUCUGCCCUGGCCACCAAAAAAUACAGUGUUGCUGUUAAAUGUGCGACGAUCACGCCAGAUGAGGCCCGAGUGGAAGAGUUCAAGCUGAAGAAGAUGUGGAAGAGUCCCAAUGGAACGAUCAGAAACAUUCUGGGCGGGACUGUGUUCCGUGAGCCAAUCAUCUGCAAGAACAUUCCCCGUCUGGUUCCUGGUUGGACACAGCCUAUCACCAUAGGCAGGCACGCUUUUGGUGACCAGUACAGAGCGACGGACUUUGUGGUGGACCAGCCCGGCAAAUUCAAGAUAAUCUUUACCCCCACUGACGGAAGCAAAGCCAAGGAGUGGGAGGUGUUUGACUUCCCUGGGGGGGGAUGUGGCAUGGGGAUGUACAACACCGAUGAGUCGAUUAGCGGCUUUGCACACAGCUGUUUCCAGUACGCCAUCCAGAAGAAGUGGCCCCUCUACAUGAGCACAAAGAACACCAUCCUGAAGGCCUACGAUGGUCGCUUCAAAGACAUCUUCCAGGACAUCUUCGAGAAGAACUACAAGCCAGAGUUUGACAAGCUGAAGAUCUGGUACGAGCAUCGACUCAUCGACGACAUGGUGGCCCAGGUGCUGAAGUCCUCCGGGGCCUUCGUGUGGGCCUGCAAGAACUACGACGGAGAUGUGCAGUCGGACAUCCUGGCCCAGGGUUUUGGCUCCUUGGGGUUGAUGACCUCAGUGCUGGUGUGUCCCGAUGGCCGGACCAUAGAAGCAGAGGCGGCCCAUGGCACGGUGACCAGGCACUACCGUGAGCACCAGAAGGGAAGGCCGACAAGCACUAACCCCAUUGCCAGCAUAUUUGCCUGGACCAGGGGUCUCGAACAUCGUGGGAAACUGGACAACAAUCCCGACCUGAUCAAGUUUUCCCAGACCCUGGAGAGGGUGUGUGUAGAGACUGUGGAAAGUGGCGUGAUGACCAAGGAUCUUGCCGGCUGCAUCCAUGGCCUUGCCAAUUGCAAGCUGAACGAACACUUUGUGAACACCACGGAUUUCCUGGAUGCCAUCAGGAACAAUCUGGACAAAGCUCUCCGCAAGUAAAGACUGACCUGGGAAAGACAUCUUCAGCAGCGUGUUUUUAAAUUUAAAGGGCCUUUAUCACACACUUCUUCCCUGAAACAAACCUUUUGACUGUGUAUAUUCCAUUAGGACAGCAUCUGAAUGUACAGUCAGUUUCCAUUGUUAUGGUUCCCAGACCCUGUAGAAGGAAACUGGAGAACCGUUGGAUCGUAACGAUGAUCCCCACCAAGAUCGCUUUCAGGAGCACCUGUUCAGUCAUAAAUCUUUCAUAUUUUUUCCCUCGAUAAAGCACCCCAAAAGUGUUCUUAUUUACAUUAAGUUCUUUACAGUAAGAACCAAAGACUUCAACUGUCCCCUAAAGCUGGCAGUUAGAAGAACAUAAUUUAUUUUACUCUCUGCUGUCUGUGAUGUCGAAGCUUUCAGAAAUACAGACAAAUGAAAUGUG